CUGAUCUUGUGUGGAAUUUGAGGUUUGAAUUUCAUUCAAGAAAAAACAACAAUGUUACAUUUGCCCGAUGAAUGCUGGGAAUUGGUGUUUAGAUUCAUGAACCACCACCGUUACUUUGACUCUCUCUCCCUCGUUUCAAAGCAAUUCCUCUCCAUCACCAACCGCCUCCGAUUCUCCCUCACAAUCUGCGACCCAACACUCCCUUUUCUCCCUCGCCUCUUCCACAGGUUCCCCACGCUCACUUCCCUCGACCUCACGCGCUUCCGCGGUGACCUCGACGCGCUUCUCCACCAAAUCUCUCGUUCAUCGCUGCACCUCAAAUCGCUCAAUCUCUCCCACCACCCAACAAUUCCCUCAAAUGGGUUGCGAUCUUUGGCCAAAAAGAUGAAAACUUUGAACUCUCUUAGCUGCUCCAACAUGGGUUCUCUCAAAAACGCCGAUUUGCUCCUCAUCGCCGAUUUUUUCCCUUUCCUCGAAGAACUCGAUCUCAGCUUCCCUAAAGACUGCAAUUCGAACAAUUUCACUGACCCCGUUUCUGAUUUUGGGGUAAAGGCUUUGUCUUUGGCGCUUCCCAAGCUUCGCAAGGUUAAUCUCUCUGGUAAUUACUUUAUUAACAACCCAUCACUUUUUAGUCUGUGUAAGAACUGUGAGUUUCUCCAAGAGAUUGUGAUCUUUGAGUGCCAUUUCAUAACCCAAGCUGGCAUUGCUUCUGCGAUCCGCGAGAGACCAAGUUUGAGUUCUUUGAGAGUUAGCAAUUUUGGGAUUGGUACCAAAAAAGAUUUCAUUGGUUCUUUGGUGAGUUUGAAGAGCUUGACUUGUCUUGAUUUUACAUGCUCGAGUAUCUCGGAUGAGUUGCUAUGUUCUGUUGCAGAGGAAGCUCUUCCUUUGAGGAAGCUUGUCCUCCAAGGUUGCUGUAACUAUAGUUAUGCUGGAAUCUUUUGUUUGUUGUCGAAGUGUCAAUUUGUCCAACACUUGGAUCUUCAAAAUGCUGAGUUUCUGAAUGAUCAGCGUGUCGCUGAGUUGUCUUUGCUUCUUGGUAAUUUGGUAUCCAUAAACGUUGGUGGCUGUAGGAUGCUCACCAAUUCAACCUUCUUUGCACUGGCAAGGAACUGUCCUUUGCUCAAUGAAAUUCAAAUGGAGGUAACAGAUAUUGGGAAAAGGGGGGUAAAGGAUUCUUUUAUGGAUUUUGUUGUAAACCCUCAAGUGAAGUCUCUCCAUUUAGCUCACAAUUCAUGGUUGAGGGAUGAAAGCAUCAAAAUGCUUGCUUCCGUUUGCCCCAAUUUACAGCUGCUUGACUUAAGCUAUUGCUGUGGCAUAUCUGAAGGUAUUGUUGAAGUUUUAAGGAGAUGCUGUAAGAUUAGGGAGUUGAGCUUAGCCUUUUGUAAAGGUGUGAAGCUAUUUGGGAUGAACUUUGAAGUUCCCAAAUUGGAGGUGUUGAACUUGUCAUGGUCAGGAAUUGAUGAUGAAGCUCUCUAUGUUAUCUCAAAGAGUUGUUGUGGGCUGGUGCACCUGGACCUGGAAAAUUGUUCUGAUGUCACAGCUAAGGGAGUGAGGCAAGUGGUUAAAAACUGCACACAACUGAGAGAGAUAAAUUUGGAGUCUUGUUAUAAAGUGGCUGGUAAUGUUGUUGCUUGGAUGGUAUUUUCAAGGCCAUCUUUGAGAAAGAUAAUGGCUCCCCCUCGUUUUCGUCCUAGUGACAGCCAGAGGGAACUCUUCUUGCGUCAUGGAUGCCUUGUUUGCUAGUAUUGUAUUGUAUGAGUUUCUGGAAGUGCUCUUAGGUCUAAAAUAAAAUGUGAGAUGCUUUUGUUUCCUUGAGUUUUUUUUUUUCUGUAUACCAAUUUGCAUUUGUUGUAUUUGCUUAUCAGUUUUUGCAUAAUAAUUGCUUAACUAAUUGUCUGCCGUAAA